AUGGCAGCCAGCGCAACCCUUCAGCUUCCCCAGCCUGCAUCGGUUGAUGACGUUCUGGCGGGGUGGGACAAUAUCCCGCUGUUCAUGAAGUCGCUCCCCGAUGACCCUUCCGACGAUGCGACGCUUUCCGCACUGCAGAGUCUGGCUCACGAGGGGACACCAGAUGAGGUCGCACAAAACUUUAAGGAGCAAGGCAAUGACUACUUCAAGGGGAAGAAAUACCGCGAGGCUCUCGGGUUCUAUGCGCAAGGCGUAGAUGCGCACCCCGAUGACAAAACCCUUUUGGAAGCGCUGCUUUGCAACAGCGCGGCGUGCAACCUCGAACUUCAGAAUUAUGGCUCCGUCUUGAAAGACUGUUCAAAGGCUAUUGGGAACAACCCGAAGUGCUCCAAAGCACUCUACCGGUCCGCCUUGGCUCUGGUUGCCCUGGAACGCUACGCCGAGGCGAUCGAUUGCUGCGAACGCUGUCUACAGUUCGACGACGGCAACCAAAGCGUUCAGGGGAUCUGCGAGAAGGCACGGAAGCUGAAGGAGGAAAAGGACCGCAAAGAGUGGGAACGGCAGGAGAGGCUGAAGCAAGAGCAACUGAAGCAGCAGAGGCUCCGGGUCGCUUUCCAGCAACGCAAUAUCAUUAUCAAACCCGUUCCCGACAACGUGAGCCGCAGUCCUUACGAGCCGCACUUCGAUCCAGAAGACAAGACGAACAACACGAUGAUCUUCCCCGUCCUCUUCAUGUAUCCUCAGUAUGCCACCACAGACAUGAUCUCGCACUAUCAAGAAGACGCUCCCUUUGUUGCGCAUAUAGGCGCGAUGUUCCCUCCAAACGCACCCAUGCCGGAGUGGGAUAAGAAGGGCGAGUACGUCAACGGGAAUCUGGUCGUCUUCGGGUGGACGAAGAGAAAAAGGUUACUCAAAAUUGGGAAGAAAAUGACGCUCCGAGACGUGUGCCAGGCGGCGAAAGCGAAGGACGGCGACUUGAGGGAUGGGUUGGAGAUGACAGAUGGGACACUGACAUUCGUGGUGCUGCCGAAGGGACCGGAGGAGCAGAAGUGGGUGGAGGACUUCAAAAAGACAAGGGAGUCGUCGGGGGCAUAG